CACGCGCGCGUGACCAUGCUUCGACACGCGCUCAACCAAACCGCGAUCGCCUCCGCGCGUCGCGCGUUCGCCUCCCCCGCGGUCGCGACGCAACUUACGAAAACCCGGGACGCGUCCUUCAUCUCCUUCGACGCUCACCACUCCGACGAGAUGCCCCUGAGGGGCGUCGCCGAUAAGAUUGGAGGCGCAUUCGGACCCCUCGCUGACGCGAUAGCGGAGUCGCAGAAGAACCGCGCGACGGCCAGCGCGAAACCCGAGGAGGUGUACGUUCCCAGCAUUCCUCACCUCCUCCCGGUGACGCGCGUCGCGCGGGACAACGAGUGGCUCAGGAGCGUCCUCAUCGUCGACGAGACGAAACGGGUCAAGCCGCGGCUGAGCUGGUACGAUCCGUACGAUAGCUCGUGGGCGCCCAGCGGCUGGUUCAAGGACGGCGUGGUGGCUGACAUGGAGUACUACUUCGGAUCCGCGUCGGAGGUUAAGAAGUGAUCUUAACCGCGCCACCGUGUACGACGCCCGCGACGGCGUCGCUGUAUUCAUCGAGAUCAUGUGACCAUACAACACUCCGGGCACGAGCCCGCACAAGCGAACUCGACCAAUUCUUUCCUUAGCUAAAAUUAGGGAGGGGGUUAGCGCAUCGAGGGAGGGUGGGGGGCAACUGUAUCAACGC